AUGGCAGAUUCUGCACAGUACGUGUCGCACGUUUCGUUUGACGAUCUGACCCCGUCGUUGAUAGACGACCAGGCACGGCUACUGCAAAAACACGGCCAGGAGGUUACGUUUUCCAACCCCUUCCUGCACAUUCCGCCGCAAUAUAACCCUCUGUACGCAUCCGGCGCGGCAGACGGAAACUCGCCGCGAGUUUCAGGGCUGGGCUCACCGAAGAAGUCUUACUUCAGCCUCGACUCCUACUCCAGGUCACCGUAUGGCUCCAGCCCCAACCUGUAUUCAGAGUCGUCCGGGCAGGAUGGUCUCAAGCUGCCCCAAUCGGAUCCCUCCGUGGAUUCUGUCCACAGUGCGCGUUCCAGUACCACCCCAGUGCCAGCAUAUCUUCCGGGUCGGCUGCCUCCUGCUGCCUCGCCCCCAGUGCUCAAGAAACGCCCUCAGCGGGACUACGAGGUUGUUAAAGAUUUCGACCUCAUCAACCCGGACUAUGUCAAAGAGCACCAGCUCACUUUGUUAACUGAUGAAAACACUCAACAAAACUCGGGAUGUUCUCAUGGAUAUACCACGUCCGGUUUUGCUAACCUGAACGAAGUCGAAGACAAAGUGAUGCGCAAGGAUCAUGCGGAAACAAGCCAGACUUCGAAAGAGGGUGGCCGAAGAAAGAGCUUCGCUGGUAUGAGUCUUGAAGAGCUUGCGGCGCUCGAAAGAGAGUACGAGUCUGCAUCGCGAACCAACUACAAUGUGGAACAAUUUGACUUUAGCGAGCAAGUCCAGCACUAUAUAGGGCCUGAUCAAAGAAGGGCUAUUGGGCCGUCGAACGACUGGCCUCAGACAAUUUACCCUUCGCGGCCAUGCGUGAACCACCGUGCUCUGGCAAUUACCAGAUCUCACCGCGAAUACUCAGACUAUAUCAAGGAUCACGGGAGAAAUCAAACGAAAGGAUCUCUUAGAACAGUCGUUUGCCUUAUCUCCGGAAGAAAGCAUACAUGGUCAGCGGUUGACUGGUACGUGGAGAAUAUGGCACGCGGCGGCGACUAUCUGGUGAUCGUUUCGCGAAUACCAGUCUUUGAAGACUCGGUGAAGCGGCCUACACCCCCACAGACAAGCCUCAGCGAAAACUACGAUAUCAAGGCUUCCAAGCCCAAAAGCAGAUCACUGAGCAGGAAAUGCAGCCUUACCGAGCAGGGCCUGAUGGUGCAGGACGUGGAUGUCCUGGCACGCGCCAAAUGUAAUGACAUUCUGAACUACUACCUGCACAAACUCACUGGCAAAAUCAUGAAACUUACCGUGGAGAUUAUCAAGGACGACUCGACGGUUUUUGCGCUAACUUCAGCAAUAGCCCUUUACAAGCCUGAUUUCAAAGUUGUCAGCACCGUCAGCACAAACUUGCAUAUUAAGUUCAGAAACGGGCACGUAAAGCUUGCCAACUUCGUAAUGAGGCAUUUCUGGGUGCCUACCUAUGUGGUCCCGUUCGAAUUCAUCGACCCAGCGUUGCUAGGUGAAAAGGUGCCUGAUCGGCGUAUUACCAAUAACCCAAAGGAAGAAAAAGACGAUGUGCAUAUUAUAGCCAAUAUAGACAAGGUGAUCAAGCGCACUCUUAACAAUCCGUUUGGAUCCCAAACCCCGCGUGAACCCAAUGAUUCCGAUGGUGAUUUGGCUAGUGUCAAUUCUUAUUUCCCAACUGAUCCCGAGACAAAGCGCAAAGUCGAAGAGUUCGAGAGCAUGGGCUAUCUCAGACCUGUGCCCACCAGGAGAGAAUGCGACCUAAACAAAGUGGGCUCUUUCCCAGGCUCCUCACGAUCCAGCAGACGGAGCUCUCGUAUCCAGUUUGCAGGUGACCACAACGGAAUGUACAAGGUCAAGUCCUUAAUUGACGCUGACGACAAAGAUGAUGAUAUGGUCCGAAAGAUAAAAUCGGUGAGCUCAACCCACAGUAGAUCAUCGAUGAAGAAAGGACAUAUGUCUGCCAGACGCACCAAGAGCAUUGACUCUCCAGGAGGGGUCGAGGCCAAAAAGAAGGGAAGCAAAUUUAGCGGGUUUUUAAAGAAGAUUGGAUUCGGCAAAUAA